CUCGUUUAUAUAAAAUCGUGACGCGUACAUCUUUCUUCUACAAUUGGAAUAUAUCUCGGAAAUAUAUAUUCUCUACCAUUCACUUCAUCCCUGGCUUACAUCUUCUGAAUCAUCAUUAUCUUCGUCAUUAUUUCAAGUUGUAGAAGCAAGUCGUCGUCGUAUACCAUGAUGUGUCCUGUCUCUUCCUAAAAAGGUGGAGAAUAUCGUGAUCGGAUAAACGAAGGAUGGUAAGCUCCCGUUCUUCGUCAACGGCUAUUGACGAUAAGAACGAAGAGAACGAGGAAAAGAAAAGGAGAGAAAAAGAAGAGGAAGAAGAAGAAGAAGAGGAGGAAGGUGUAAACGGUGGUAACAACAGAGAUCAUCCGUCGUUGCUGUCUACCGUAGAGGUAUUAGAUAUUGUUGGCGAAGCAACAGGCAGCGCCAUCUCGCCGAGAGAGAAACGAAACGUUAAGAGCGUGGACAAGGACGAGGGGAAGGGGAAGGGGGGAAGGAGGACGAACGCUGCCAUCGCCGACGACGACGACGACGACGACGACGACGACGACCACGACGCCGCCGCCACCGCCGCCGCCGCCGAAUGGGGCCGACGGAGCAACGGCGGGCCACCUCCCUCGCUCUCAAUGUCGUUAGACCUGCAGAAUCAUCCGAUCGGUAGCGCAAGUCCGCAAAACGACUCUGGAGAUUAUUCGAAUAUCGGUAGCGGCGGCGCCGGCGGUGGUGAUGGUGAUGGUGGUGCCAGUAAUGGUCCAGGUCCAGGUUCAGAUCCAGAUCCACUUAUUAUAACCGAAACUAACAACAACAAUAACAACAACAACAACAACAACGCUCUUUCCUCUUGCAAUAUAAAACUUAUUGGUAAUAAUCGAGAAGAAGAGGAGAGUUACGAGGGCUUUGGCUUUGGUUCCGACUUCGGUUCCAGUUCUGGUUUCGGUUCCGUCGAAGUUGACGCCGACGUUGAACCCGAAGACGGCCGAGACGACGCCGAUUCACCUGGUGGCAGUAGUUCGGCACCCUCUCCUACCGGUAGCAAUCCUUUCGGCAGAAAUCCGAGAAGUCCGAAUUCGACCAUAGGAAGGCAUUCCUGGCUUCGAACGUCCCUCAGACGAACACCCCCAUGUUCCGGGAGAAAACGGAUCAGUUCAAAUGCAUUAGCGAGUCAACUCUAUCGCAGCGGUAGCUUCAAUAGUUCGGGAAGAGGCUCGAACUGCGACAAUACGGACGAUAUGUACAGCGAUGUGUCUCUUGAGGAAGACUUUAUCGAUCUCAAUCAUAGGGUCCAAAUGAUUCAAGAGCAAAUGCACGCAUUGGCCGAUACACAAUCGGUCGGUGAGGAAAGAUACGCUAGAGUUAAACAAGAAAAUGCUACUUUACAAGCAAGAAUAUUGAUGUUAGAAGAAGCUGCGAAAGAUGCCGAAACUAGAGCUGAAGAACGAUUACAGGCAGAACAAAGAAGGCACAGAGAAUUGGCCAGUCGUUUGGAAAGAGAAAAACAGUUACAAUUAGAAAAUUAUGCUAUUAAAUUACAAGCAAUUGAAUUAGAAAGUUCUAGUUUGAGGGAUGAAAUAGGAAGAUUAAGAGAGCAACUAGAAAGAGUUAAAAAUGACAAGGCCUCCCUUGAAAUAGAACUCAAAGAUUCUCAAAGCGAAGCAAAUACUGCCAGAGAAAACGAAAAACAAGCAGUUGCUAGAGCUAAUGAAGCUCAUCAUAUGCUUCAAGUGGCGAAGGAGGAAUUAAUAAUUAGAGCUGAUAAUCAACAGAGACUCGAAGAACUUGAACAACAAGUUAUUCAUCUUCAAGCACGUAAUAAAAGUUUAGAAGAGACACGAGACGAGUUGCAAGCUGCUGCUGCUGUACAAGCAGGUCGAGAACUUUUAAUGUUAAAUCCUUGUAGUAAUGGUACUGAAAAAGGACCUAGUCUAGCAGCCGAGUUAUUGGCUGGUAUGAAUCAAGAUCAGAUGGAUGGUCAUGCAAUUGAAGAAUAUGAACCACCAUAUAGUAUUUCGGAACUGAAACAGGCUUUGAAAGAACAACAGGAAGUCAAUGCGCAAUUAAGAGCAUAUAUCGAUGGGAUUUUAUUAAAUAUUGUUGAAAAUUAUCCACAACUGCUUGAGGUGAAACAAGCACACUAAUUGUGGAACAUUUAUAAAUAAUUAGAAAAUUUUGAAAUGAUCUUUGAAAAUAGAAGGCAUUGUACAUUAAAUUUCUUUACUGAAAUUACUGUUUAUACAUUUAUAUAAAUUAUUCUACUAUAGUUGUAUACAUAUAUGUACAAGAUGACUCAAGUUUUUCAAAUGAAAAUUUGAGUAACGUAUUCUGCGAGUUGUUCACAGAAUGUUUUUCUAUAAUUUGGUCAAGAGAAAAAACAUGAAAAACAUGUGAUAUCCUGUACAUGUAUACACACAUAAAAAAUAAUUCGGGAAAAUAGUUUCCGUCCAUAUAAAUUUAAAACUCUGUAAUCUCUAUGUGAUGUGUGAAAUUGAAACUUCGGACUGUCAUCUUUGUCAUUUGUAUUAUUUAUUUUAUUAUAUAAUGGCAGGAUGAGAGUAAAUAGGUUGAAAGUGUGGCAUUAUUAUUGCCAAUUGUUUCAAAUAAUGAAUGCGUAUAUUAUAUUAAGAAAGUACACAAAAGGCCUUCGUAUAUAUUAUUAUUAUUAAUAUUAUUAUUAUUAUUAUCUCAAAUUGAAAAGUUUUAUGACAUCGUAAUCGACGAACUAUCAUCAAAGAAAAGAUGUAAUUAUUCGUUAUUGCACCUUUUUUCUUACCAUUUUGGAAAGAACAAUUAUAUUUGAUAGUCAAGUAUUUAAUAAUAAUUCAAUAUGUGAUAAUGUAUAGAUGAAUCCGAUGUAUCGAUAAUUUACAAAAAUAUCUUUUCAUUUCAUAGAUUUCAUGAUGAUACGUCGUAAUGAUAAAAUGGUAAAGACCAUUUUAUCUAGGAGAAAGAAAUACUAUUUUCGGCUUGUAAUUGAUUGUGUGAAUCGAAUUUAAUUUUUAAAUAAAUAUCAUUCGCGAGUUACCUAUAUAGACUUGACAAAGAGGUGAUGUAUGACUGCGUUAUGUAUCACGGCAUCUGUGAUACAAGAAAUAGUACCUAUUAAAUUAAUAUUUAGUAUUUUCACCUAUAGAGUAUUUUAGGUCUUUAUACUGAAAGCUAUUAAAGUUGCGAAUAAAUCGUUAUAUUUUGA